CUGAUUAGAUUACGAUUUGCUCUGUUUUGUCAGAUAUUUGCUUGCCAUACCGAACAUUGCAGAAACUUUAUUCUCAACGGUUUUCCACGUCCACAAAAUGGAAAAAAAUACUUAUUACGUGUUUCAUCCCGAGUUGUAUAAUGUAAAACAAACACCAUUGGACCAUGUGAAAGACUUCAUCACCAAGAAGCUUCCUGAGUUAGGAUGGGGCCAAACACAAGAAAAGGAAAUUGUAAUGGACGUCGGCUGUGGACCAGGAAAGAAUACCAUCCAGCUAAUUCUGCCUCUGUUUCCUCAAGUUGAGAAGAUAUUCGCAAUCGAUUUUCUGCCGAACAUGAUAGAAUUCGCACGAAUUCAUAACUGCCAUCCACUCAUCGAGUACAAUGUGGCUAACAUCGAAAAUUGGUCUAUGGUCGAACAAUGGAAUGGUCAGAUAUCAAAACUUAUUAGUAUUCAUUGCGUCCAUUGGCUGAAAGAUAAGAGACGAGGCUUGCAGAAUAUAUUUCAACUCUUAAAGCCUGGUGGUGAAGCAGCCUUCUGUUUUGUUAUGACAUCUCCUAUAUUUCCUGUAACACUGAAGUUAGAAAGCGAUCCUAAAUGGAGUAAAUUCUUCAAAGAUGUUGACAAUAUGGUUCCAGAUACCCAUAUUGAUAAUCAUGAGUCAUCGCGUUACAUAAAAAUGAUGGAAGAUAUUGGAUUCGAUAUCUUGUACUGUGAAGAAGGAGAGAAAGCGGAUCCAUAUUCAUCAGAUGAAGAAUACCGAGAUUUUUUUGCAUCACUUUGUGCUCUCACGUCUCAUGUUCCAAGUGAUCAGCGAGAGGAAUUCAAAGAUGAUGUAUUCCAGGAAAUGUUGAAACUGAAUGGUCGAGACAGUAGUGGACGGCCAGUUCAUCGGGCCACUAUCAUCGAAGUAGUGGCACGCAAAAGGGACAUUGAAAACUCCAAAAGCGUUUAAGACUGCUAUCGGAAUUUUUUUAUGCAUGAAGUUGAAGCUGUUUCGAAACUUCAUUUUUUUAAAAAAAAAUGUUUAAUUUUUUUAAAAUUUUAAUUGAUUAGAUGAGAAUUUUUAUCCGAUUUUAUUCAUAUUUUUAUU